AUGCCUGUCUUCAUGCUUGGGGAAGCAACAACACAGAUCAAGCAAAUGAAGAAAAUUGAUGAGGAACAAAAAAAAAGAUGCAGACGCGAAAGCGAAGUUACUGGUGGAGCAGCUGAGGCAAUUGGUGGAGUGACCAGGAUUGCACGUGCGGCUACAAUCAUUGACGAGGCUGGAAACGCGGCAAUAACAAUUGGUGACAUUGUGAAUGAUCCAAGCUCGGCUCCCUUCGCGAUUCUUGCUCUACUUCUUGGAGGCUCGGCUGGUGUCGUCAGCAAGGGAACUAAAAAGGCUUUCUCCGAGGCUGCUGCUCGUAAAGCAAUAUCAGCUGAGACGUUGAAGUUUUUCAGUGCUACGUUCCGCAAAAAUGAUGAAAUUGUGCAGAAAAUUGUCAGAGCGUGUCGUGGUUAG